GCUUUCCUUCUCCGCGGCGUCCUCUGCCCGCGCCCGCUCAGUGGCCGGGCGAGCUUCGGCAGGUGAGCACGCCGGCGCCUCCCUCGUCCCGGAGAUGGAAGAGCCGCUGCAAACUUCGGGCGCCAGAGACGGAGCGUCGGACUGAGGCGGGGAGAGGAGUCAAGCCCCGGCGAGGGGGGCCAGAAGGGAAGCAAAGGCACGGGAGAUCGGUGUGAUUGACUUAAAGUAUAUUAUUACUAGUCCUGUGACCGCCACCAUCCAUACCACAGAGAUGUAACCUUUACAGCUUGAGAAGCCUCAGCAAAGGUCUUCUCUCGUCCACAUGCAGUUUGCAGGUGUUGAUAGCAGCUGCCACCAGCCGUGCCUUGAACAGAGGAUUGCCAACUCUGCGGCAGAGUAGAGUGCAGCCCACCUUUCCUCCAAGGAGCUCAAGAUGACAAAUGUGGUUCUCUCUCCACCUUCAUUUUAUCCUCACAAGAACCCUGUGAAGUAGGCUAAGCUGAGAGACUGUGGCUGCCCCAAGGCCACUCGGCCAGCUUCAUUGUCAUGUGGGGACCAGAAUCCUGGUCUUGCUGGUUCUAGUCUGGCACUUUAACCACCACAAAACACUGGCUCUGUUUGUGGGGAAAUCACAUGAGGUGACUGACUUUAGCUUUCUGCAUCAGUUGAUGAGCCACUCAGCUGACCUCCUGUCACUGCUGCUUACCAGAAGGUGGAGGAAAAAGGUUGGCACAGUGGAAAUGUACUGGCAAGAACACUGGAUUGACACCACUGAUGUGUUCGUACUGCGCUGACCUCUCAGCUGCCACCUUCCCUCUACUUCCAAGUAAACGGCAGCAAUACAGGCAGCAGGUCAGGGGAAGAAUACGGCUUGUGUGUUGAAAUUUAUCACACCUACAGAGAACAUGGGGUUGAUGGGAGGAUCCAAAAUUAUGGAGAACCGGACCAGACUAACUAAAACGGACCUCUACUCCAGGCUGAACUUGCCACCAGGCUUUGAGCAUCCCUACGAUGACCUGCUUGCUGACCCCAAGCGAGAUCUGAAGGAUAGCACCAAUUUGGUGGAGGUGCAGAUCGUCCUCAUCUGUGCCUAUUGUGUCAUCAUUUUGCUCGGGUUAGUGGGCAACUCCUUGGUGAUUCACGUGGUGAUCAAGUUCAAGAGCAUGCGCACGGUGACCAACUUCUUCAUUGCCAACUUGGCCGUGGCCGAUCUGCUAGUGAACACGCUCUGCCUGCCGUUCACGUUAGUUUACACAUUGCUGGGAGAAUGGAAGCUGGGUCCUGUGCUGUGCCACCUCGUGCCGUAUGCCCAAGGCCUUGCCGUUCAGGUAUCCAUAGUGACGUUGACUGUGAUAGCCUUGGACCGGCACCGCUGCAUUGUGUAUCACCUGGAGAGCAAAAUCUCCAAGAGGAUCAGCUUCUUGAUCAUUGGGGUGGCCUGGGCUGUCAGUGCCAUCUUGGCCAGUCCUCUGGCUAUCUUCCGGGAGUAUUUCUCCAUUGAGCUCAACCAGGACUUCAAGAUAGUGGUCUGCGCUGAGGCCUGGCCCAGGGAAGGGCUGGUCAAUUACAGCACCAUCUACAGCAUCUUGAUGUUCCUGAUCCAAUAUGUCUUGCCUCUGGCCAUCAUCUCCUAUGCCUAUAUCCGUAUCUGGAGUAAGCUAAAGAACCACAUCAGUCCUGGGGCGGCGGGGGACCAUUACCACCAGAGGCGUCGGAAAACUACCAAGAUGCUGGUGUGUGUCGUGGUGGUGUUUGGGGUCUGCUGGCUGCCCUUCCACAUCUUUCAACUCGUCAGCGAUAUCGACAGCAAUGUGUUGGAUUUGCAGGAAUACAAACUGAUCUACACGCUCUUUCAUGUCAUUGCUAUGUGCUCCACUUUUGCCAACCCGCUCCUCUAUGGCUGGAUGAACAGCAACUACAGAACGGCUUUCCUGACUGCUUUCCGGUGCGAACAGCGGCUGGAUUCCAUCCACCCAGAAGUAUCUCCUGCACUGAAAGCCAAGAAAAAGCUGGAAGCCAAAGAGGAGCAUUGCAAUGGACCCCCGUUUUCACAGCCUACAAGUGUCUAGGGGGUGAAACUAGAUGUGGCAGUGGGCAUACACAUACACAUACCCGUCA